AUGUCAGCUUCGAAUGGUGGUAAAGGGAGACCAAGAAGAAAGCGCAAUGGUGCGUCAAAAGUUGAAAAGAUAGACUUAUCAGCUUCAAAUGAUAAGACUACUGUUAAGGACAGUGGUGACAGCUCACCUUUUGAAGUGAAAGGUUAUACUCAUGAACCACCACCAGAUCAAGAAGAAUCUCAAUUCGAGAAUGAUUUGGAUUAUUUAUUGAAUUCAAACCCUGAUACUAUAAUAACUCAGGCUGUGGUGCUGACUGAAAUAUCUAAGUCUAUUGAAAUAGGUCAAGAUGAUGAAAAUGGUAAACCAUCAGAUUCAAAGCCAAAAUCGAGAAAACCUAAAACUGCGAAAGUUUCAUUGGCUGAUGUGACUAAGGAUAUGGAUGAGAUACAGUUUUCAAGUGAUAGUGAUGAAGAAGAACCUGUUCCUGUCAAAGAGAAACGGAAGAAAAAGAAGAGUCCUAAACCUAAGCCUCAAACUAAACCAAUAGUGGAAUCGGAUGAGAGUGAAAUAAAACUAAUUGACAAUGAAGAACCUAUAGACUUUAGCGAGUUUGUGAAUGAACAGUCAGAGGCCAAGGAUUCUCGUCGGAAGGAAAGAAAUAAGAAACGUUCAGAAAGAAGACAAAAGGCUAAAAAACUAUCAAAAGAAGCUAAUGAAGAAAGUACACCAGUUCAAUCAUCCACAGCAUCACCAACCACUACUCCAGAACCAACGUUGGAUAAGCCUUUUCAACCGGAUUCACCUUCAUUUCCAUUCGAUGUGAAACUUCGUCAAACUCCAAAAGCGGCUCUGAAUGGUAGAUUAUCUGAAAACUUACCUCAAAUCCAACCUAAAAGAACAAUCAUUGGUGUUUCCUUCAAACAACUAUUAAAACUGAAUACUUCAGAUGUGAAAAUUAAAACUAUUGCAUCAUCACCUGCAAUUUCAAAAUAUGCUGCCACUGCAUUGAAAUUCUGUAUUAAACAUAGUGAUGAUGUAUUUGGUUAUGAAGAUAUCGAUGCUAAAGAUAUCUUCAUUAAGUUAUGUAUUAAUGUCGCAUUGUUUGAAUCAGUUGGAUUUAAGAAAACAGCACAACAAUAUCCUAAUGUACUUCAAUUAUUUGGAGAUUAUGAAGAAAUAAACUUAGAUACCACACGAACAAAAUUAACACCAUCAAAUAGAGAUAUCCAUCAAAAUAAUUUGGAUUAUUCAGUGUUAUCAUAUAUAGGAAACAUCAUAAUAUGGGCUAACCAUAUACAGCAUGAAAAUGACGUUAGAUUAUCUAUCAAGCAUCGAGAUGAUAUUUCUAAGUCAAUUAUAAAACAAAAUUUUGGAGGUUAUCAUUUGUGGGAUAAGUUAAUUCGAGAAUCCAAAGGAAUGAAUGCUAAACGUUGGAAACAUAUCGUCAAGUUUAGACAGAAUUUUCCUUUGGAAGAACAACAAUUCAUUUUGAUUUUAAGAUUUAUGAAUGUUCUUGAACCAGCUACCUAA